GUUACGGCAAUAUUCGUGUUAAAAUUUAUUAUAACAAAGAUACAAUUUGACGGCAAUAUUUUUCAUCUUUUAUGUUAUUAAAAAGGUAUAUGUUAACUAAUGAGAACACGGCAUCUAAAUAUAUUAUACAUAUAAUAAAUAGAUACGGAAUGUAGAGAAUAAUUAAAUGUAGGUAAUUUUUUAUCAGUUUAAAUUUAUCUUAUUUAUAAUAUUUGUUUAUAUAUUUCCUUAAUAUUAUUAAACUUAUUUUAGGCAAUAUCUAUAAUUUGUAGCACAAAAUUUUUUACAGUAAAAUUUAUUUACAAUUUAGUAUAUUGUAUAUUACAUGUACAUUUUUUGAUACAUAUAUGCAUAGUGUAAAAAUACAAGGUGAAACAUUCUCGUGGAUGCGCAGUCGUCUAAAGUAAUGGUGGGGGCUUUAACCAAUCAGAUGUUUGUCCUAAACUGUAGAAUUAAAUUAGUUACAUUGAUCUAUAUGUUUUUUUUUUACAUAAAUCGAAUAUGAACUUUUUUUAAUUCUUUUUGAAUUUUCUGUGCUAUCUAGGAAUAUUUUCAGCUCACUUUUAUCAUUAAAUGUGCUUUUAAACAUAUAAUGUGAUGUUGCAGUUGUUACAUGCUUUAGGAUGGUAUAUGCUUAAAAGUACAUUUUAAUAAGAAUUAACUAAAAAUAAGGAUCAUGGCAUAUUCUAGUUGCACUAUGUGUUAAUUAACGUAAUUUUUUAUUAUUUUAUAUGGUACAAAUGUUUAUUAGUUAUCAAGUUUUUUUAUAAAAUCUUUACAUAUUAAUAAAUUUAUCUGUAUAAAUUUUCAAUAUUGUGUCCAAUACCGUUUGAAUUUCGCGCUAAUUUUGGAGUAAAUUUUUGAUAGAUUUUUGAUGUUUGAGCCGCCAUUAUGCACAGCGUUUUACCUUAUAUUUUUACACCAUGCAUAUAUGUAUAUUCUAUAUAUGUGCAUAUUCUAAAACAGGAUUCUUUUUGUUAUAAAUGAUAUAUAUAAUAAAUACAUUUUUUAUCAUGCAAUUUUGAUUUUUCUAAUUAUAGAUUACAUCUAAAUUAAGAUUUAUAUAUAAUAUUUAUAGUUUCUUAUUAGAAACAUACACAAGUCAUUCUCAUAAAUUAUCACAGAAUCAUUUACGGAAUCUGAAUUAAUUUAAUAAUUAAUUAUUGAAAAAAUAGUCAAUUAAAUCUUGUCAUUUUUGUAUAAACAAACUGUAGUUGUUAGUUACAAGAUUUUUCUGUUAAAAUGAUAAAAUAUAACCUAAUAACUCGGACACUUUACUCUAGCAAAAUCUGGAACCUUCGAUUGUCAAUUCUUACCGUCCAGUGGAUUUGAGAGCGUGCGUGCGAACGACCGGCAGGAUGAAACAAUUGAAAAGCAACACUAUCGUGACAGCCGAACAGUGACUUGUUUUGCGGAUAUAAUUUUCAUUCUGUCUACGUCUCCGGAACGGACGCCCUUUACUCUCUAUUCCCAAUUAAUAUCGAUUACUUCGUUCAAUCUGAACCGUUUAUAAUUUUAUCCAACGUUUAAUAAAGAUUAAGGAGUAGUCUCAAGAAUUCACCAACUUGCCCUCAAAGUAUAAACUGCAUAUUUCUUUUACAACAAAAGAAACGUUUUCGGUAAAAGACGUUAAAAUCAGUUGAACAAGAUUUCGUUAAAUUAAUCGAAUCUGCAGAGAAGAAUAAAUAUAAAAUUACAAGUGAUUUAGAUUAAUGGAGAUUCUGCCGAAAGAUUCGUACGCAUCGCCCAAGCGGUUCUCUUUUGAAAUUAAAGAAAUCCCAUCGAAGAUCGAUUCAUCGAUCGAUUCAUCGACCGCGGAAGAUCAAAAUAAAGAUGUCACUAAAAAAUACGUUUCCUAUCUCGAUUUAAUUGCAAGUUCGGCACUAAUGGAUCGAGACAAAAUAUUUGAUGGGAGUACAGAGAUGAUUUUGCUGGAGCAAAACCGAGUGAGUGAUCGUGGCAGGACCAGCAAUACGAAUCGCCGCGUGAUCGAGUUAAGUGACAAUGACUCCAAGAUGAUUUUGCGGCAGCAAUUCGGAGAGAUGACGGAACACGAAAAUUCAAAUUUGCAAAGCAACGCGAUGGAUUAUGAAAAUAUGGAAAUUCUACGAAAGCUACCGCCAGACACGAUUGUGAUACGGCAAAAAACGAAACCGGAUAUAGAGGACAGUGAUUACAGGGAACUGACAGAAACGAAUAGUAAUGACAGCAGUUCGAUUUCCGGCUGUACAAAUGUUAAAAUAAAAGGAAUUUCACGAGCUCAUCGAAACAAAACUCUUAAAACGAUGGAGGUGAGACGAAAUCCUAUGCGAGUGUCCAAGAGAAACAUUGAUAAAAAUUUUUCUCGACCCAAACGACUAUUGGCUAAUAGCAAAAGAGAAUUUUAUUCGAACUAUGAGUUUGGGAAACGCAUAAAAGUGUCUACGAUGCCGUACAUGAAUACCAGAUCUGUUACUCGAAAAAUGUAUACCGUAGGUGCUACUUACCAAGCACCUACCAAAAAAGACGAGAUGGAAUGGAAGGAGUGGCCUGUGCAUGGAAUGCACGAGAGACCGGUCUAUCAUCCUCAAGCUGGUCUAGCAGCGGAGUAUUUGGGAAGAUACUUUACCAGCCUUGACGGAUUAUCUUAUUGCGAGAUCAUCAAUGAGCCUGAUAUAGAAGUGGUCUCUGUCGAUCCGCAUUGCGAUGGACGAGUCUUUUCGAGUGAAAAGAAGUCUAAGGGAAAGAUGAAAAUAAAAAGCAAACGUUCAUCGAAUAACAAAAAUGCGUGGAAUACUUAUCUUUCCAUGGAUAACAAGUCUUUUGAGACAUGCAUGCAUGAAAGUCUUCACUGCGUGUUCGGUUAUUGUUCGCAAGUUAUGACACCAGCUUAUAAGCAAGCUGUAGAAGAAAAGAUGACAGGGCUGACGAUUUCUUCAACAGCCAAGACGAGCUCUUUAGGAUCGGCGAAGGAAGCAAUGAACGUCAAAAGUAACGUCGCAAUGCCUUCAGAGAAUGUCUCUAAGUUGGAAGAUCCAAAGUUACUGGAAGCCUAUGCUAUCGCCAUGGCGCAAAGCAUUCAAAAUAAAAGUACCGCCAGCAGUACAAACGAUCAAAGAGUCACCCCGAUUUUUCCCUCAUCUUCAGCAACGUAUGUACCAGAAGCGCAGAAAUCGACUGUAGAGCUUAACGGCUCAAAACCUACUUUACAGAAUGGAGAGACGAUCAAGAUGAAUUUGAAACAGAUUAUUCGGGGCGCUCCAAACAGCUCUCUGAUUUUAUUGAGAGGUUCGGCUGCGAGGUCCACAAGUGGCGAUGCUUGUGUAGCACCCGCCAAAAAUGUAUUUAACUCGGCCAAGUUGGAAGAUCCGUCCAGCGACGAGACGCUGACGGGGAUGUCGUCAAUCUACAAGAAACUGUCGUUUGCGAAAGAGCCGGCUUCGAAACGCGAAGAAUCGUCAGUGAAUAACAACUUGUACACUUUGAAGAGAUAUACCACGAACACACAAGAAUAUACGGCAAAGAAAGUCUUCCUCGAGAAUCAGUUGGACAACAAAAAGUUCGUUCGGGUCAUGAAAGAUGCUCACGAAAGCAAAAAUCCUGACAAAAUGAAGAUUAAUAGAGAGUCAGAUGGUAGAAUGCCCACGACGAGUUCUGGUAAGAAUCUCGCAUGGUGCACCAACGAAACUUCGGAGAUUGCUAGAAUCUUAUCAGAAUACAACAAAAGCACAGUGAGAAAGUCCACGGUCCAGAAUCAAAUAUAUAAUUCAAAAGAUAUGAAAAUGACGAAUCCAAACAUCAAAAAUUUGCCGAAGAGCCUCUGGCAAAAAAAUACAACAGCUGAUGAAAGUCACCAACAAUUCAUAUCCCAUUCAAGUACGAGUUUUGAUUUCCCACAGGGAAAAUGGAAAAGGCUUCAUCUGAUGGUGGAAAAGACCAAGGACGGUCAAGUUGCUGAUAACGAUCAAAACGCUUGGAAGAGAUCUCCGACAUUAUUAGAGAAUCACAAAGUUUCUUUGAGGGACCAACAAAUGAAUUUAAAUGCGGUGAAUUAUAUAAGAAAGAAUUCUACUGACUCUCGUAAGGAUCUAAACGAACACGAAAUUAUGGUUGAUGUAAAGUCGAAAGAUAAGAAAUCGCAAUGCUCGAAAGACGAAGCGGAGACCUUAAAGAUAGGGUCGUUGCAAGAACUUCUGGAGAACACUGCGAUCUUAUAUUGUGCUGCCAAUGGGGUUCAUCAAGACGAUCUAUCGGACUACAUCGAUACUCUCGACAGCAAACAAAGCAUUCAAUGGCUAGAGGCUUACAAUAAUUCUGUUGUAUAAAAAAUUGAAGGUAAAAUAGUAUUUAAUGUAUACGACAUCAUUAAGUUCAAUUACGUUUAUUCAAUAAAAAAGUUUUAUCGAUAGUUUUAUGGAAAGGUUCAAUUGUUUAUAAUAAAUCAAUAUUCUUAGAUUUAUUUUAUCUUAUCUAAACAAGCAACAUAUAUAUAUAGAGAUAUAUAUUAUAAUUUUUCACUUUGAAUUAAAUUGGAUAAUUGAGAAAAAUUUUUAAAUACUUACACCAAGAUAUUUUUAGUCGAUAUGAAUAAACACGUUUACGUUCAACUACUUGGAAACUAUUAAACAUUCACAUACAUGUGCUAGCGCAUAUACACACGUAGAAGUUUGACUUUACAAAUAUAUUAUUCAUGUUAAUCUCUACGAUAAAACUGUUUCUUUUUUGUGAUUAAUAUUAUGCCGUCAUUAAUUCCAGCCUGUAUAAAAAGGAUGUAAAUGACUAGUAUUGCAGAAUAAAUAAAUAAUAAUGCCAGGAUGCCCAAA